CUCUCUCAUUCUGUCUCAAAUAAAUAAAUAAAAUCUUUAAAAAAAAAAAAAAACAUUGAUAAGUUCUCCCCAACUGUUUACCCACAUAUACAUCCAUUAUAUUUUAAGGUUUUGAUGGUAAAGUUUUCUACCAAAUAUUUACAUUCCCACUGUAGACUCAGGGUUAUGCAAGUUACUGUGGGCAUUGUUGAAGAAGUAUUAAACCAAUUCAUGCAUUUAAGGAAUUCAUGGUUAAAAGGAACAGUCAAUAGAGAACAAUACAAUGUUACAUAUAUAAUUACUGUGCAUGCCAGAUUGGGAGAAAAGAGGGAAGAUUAAUGAAGCGGUAGGCAGUUAAAGUUUGUUGGGAGAAAUGGGCCUUUAGUUGAAGGAUGUGCCUUAUUUGGACACUCAGGGAGAACAUCAGCACCGUAAUGGCCAUAGCUGGAACAAUGUUACUUCUAAGAAGUGUUCGGAUGACAUCAAAAUUUACAAGUUCUUCAGAUAUUCCAGUAGAAUUUAUACGAAAGAAUGUUAAACUACGUGGACGAUUACACCGAAUAACUGAGAAUGGUUUAGAAAUUGAGCAUAUUCCUAUCACUUUACCUAUUAUAUCUUCAUGGAAAAAAGAGCCAUGUGGUGUUUUGCUGGUUAAGCUGGCAGGAGUAGAACUCACUGAAACUGGGAAGGUGUGGUUACAAAAAGAGUUAAAACCUUCCCAACUGCUAUGGUUUCAACUUCUUGGAAAGGAGAAUUCAGUACUCUUUUGCUAUCUUCUAGUGAAUAAGGGUAGAUUUUUUAGUGUGAGUCUGAAUGAAGAAAUUUUGAGAAGAGGCCUUGGCAAAACUGUUCUUGUUAAAGGGCUAGAUUAUGAUUCUAAAAUCUACUGGACAAUUCACAGAAACUUACUUAAAGCCGAAUUAACAGCCUUAAAAAAAAGAGAAGGAAUAUGGAAGGAAGAAUCUGAAGAAAGUUAUUUGGAAAAAUUCAAAGGCUCCUGGAGAGAAAUAUGGAAAAAAGACAGUUAUUUUAAAAACAUUGGAUCAGAUUUCAAUUUGAAAAAAGAAGGUUAUUAUGACAAAUUUAGAAGGACUUAUGAAACAUGGAAAGACAACAUAAAUAACUACUCCUUAAUACUGAAGUUCAGAGAACUUAUGAAUCGCAUACACUUUCGUAGAAAAGGGUGAACUAUUCCAAGAGGUCUGGAGGUGACCCACUCAGAAAAGAGUAAAAUAUGUAAAUAUAUGGAUGUUUUUCAUUGAGUUGAAGUGGAAAUUUCUCUGAAUGAUCGAAGUUGCACUCUAAUGGUAUUUAAAUAUUUAAGAGAUGAUUGUUUUAAAUGUAGUAUCAGAAUAAUUUAAGCAAAUUGUGAUUAAUGUAAUAUGGCUUUAGGAAAAAUUGAAUACUCAAUAAAGUUACCAGGAUAAAGGAUGUAUACCUUUAGUGUUAAUAUUUGAAGAGAGAGUUUAACUAUUGGGCACUGUUAUUGUAGUUAUUUUCGGCAUCCAUAUUUAAUUUUUGUUGAAAGAGAGUAUUUGUUUACUUUUCCAGUUUUAUCAAUUUUGAUUACUUGUAAUAAACUAACUCUGUACACAUCA